CGAAACUACUUGAAUGAAGGCAAAAUAAUCAACAAAAUUAUUUAAUGGUUUAGGUUAAGAGGAAAGAAAGAAAAAAAAAAAAAAAAACAAAAAACAAAACCAGCACAACAUAUGGCAAAGUGAAGUGCUUAGUGGUGUAAAUUGUUCGGCGCGGUUUGAUAGACGUUAACAGAAAACCCCAAAUUCAGUGGCAGUGGUCAUUACAGAAGUUUUUUUUUCUGAUAGAGCAAAAUCAACAAAAAAAAAGUUAAUGAUUGUUAAUCAAGUGUUAUUUUAAACCAAAUAUUUUAAUAGUCUUAAGUGAUAUUGAACAAAAUUCCACCCCAAAACAAAUCGUUACAAAACCUUGGCAUUUUGUGUUCUUCAAGCAAAAAGAAAAAAAACGAAAAUCUCAUCACUAAUGUUAUAAUCAGCCAUAAGCGAUUGCAUAAUUGCUAGUGUCGACCAGUCAAGCAAAACCGCAUAUUUUCUUCUGUUUUUUACGAAACCAAGUAGAAAAAAAAGAAUUACGAAAAUUAUUUAAUACUGGCCACAAACCAUUUACGUUAAAGGCCAUACGAAUCGACAAAAUAACCUCUAAAAGCGCAAAGCCGAAUAUACCAUACUUGGCUGCCAUUAACCGAACAGCACGAAAGAUCCAAGUCCAAAAUCCAUUGGAGUUUUCGCAGUGAAAAUCCAAAACUAAUCAAUGUCGAAAACUCCAACAGCUAAGCUGUUAGUGAGCAGUGGAUGAUAAAGCAAAGAAUUUUUACACAAGCAUCACAAGUCUCUACAGUCCUUCGAAUAAUGUCCUUCUCUGCUGAAUAUAAAUCUCGAAUUUCAUGGAUAUUGUUUUUGGCGCUCAGCUGUUGGGUGACAAAUGCCGAUGCCCAGGAGAAGAAUCAAACCCAGGUCUAUGUGACAGAUUCAUGCCUGCAAAAACCUUUUCGCUGUCCACAUCCCAAGAUACAAUUCUAUUUGUAUACCAGACGCACUCAAGAGGAACCCGAAUUUAUAGAUGUGCUCGAUGACAAUGCCCUCUACUAUACGCACUUCAAUCCCAGACAUCAAACAAAGAUAGUCAUACAUGGAUUUGGUGGUGGUCGUAAUCUAAGCCCUAGUCCUGAUAUCAGGCAGGCCUAUUUCACCAUAGGCGAUUACAACAUUAUCAUAGUGGACUAUGGCACAGCAGUGAAAGAGCCAUGUUUAAGUCAAAUGGAUUGGUCGCCUCGCUUUGGGGGUCUUUGCAUUUCACAAUUGGUGAAAUAUUUGGCCCGACAUCCGAGGGGAGUGCAGCCGGAUGAUAUACAUUUUAUUGGCUAUAGUGUCGGGGCCCACAUUGCUGGUCUGGUGGCCAACUAUUUAAAGCCGGAGGAGGGAAAGAUUGGAAGAAUUACAGCCUUGGAUCCCACAAUUUUCUUUUAUGCCGGCACCAAUAAUUCCAGAGAUUUGGAUUCCAGUGAUGCCCACUUUGUGGAUGUGCUACAUACGGGUGCUGGCAUUUUGGGUCAAUGGCAUAAUAGUGGGCAUGCUGAUUUCUAUGUCAAUGGAGGCACACGACAGCCGGCUUGUAUAGGAUCGGCGACCAUAUUCCAAACCUUGGCUUGCGAUCAUACCAAGGUUACUCCCUAUUUUAUAGAGUCCAUUACCACGAAAAAGGGUUUCUAUGCAGGUCCUUGUCCCAAUCUCUUUACCUAUCUGAUAGGUUGGUGUGAGCCCAAGGAUUCGGAAUAUGUGCUUAUGGGUGAACAUGUCUCGCAUAAAGCCCGAGGUACCUAUUAUGUGACAACCAAUGCCAAGCCACCCUUUGCCCGUGGCUUUCCUGGCAAGGGAAGAUCGGCAGCAACUGGAGAAUAUUUGGGUGUACGAAGACGACGCCAUGCGCCCAAGUUUUGAGUUAUGAUGAUGUCACCAGGAGUUCUCUAAGUUUAGUUAACAUUUUGUGAUUUUAUUUAUAGUAAAACUCUUCCUUUUAUCCACAUCCCACCACCUCCCCCAAACUUGUCUUGUCAUUGUUCGUUCAUGCAUUGAUUUGUGUUGAAGUUUCCUUGCAAACAAAAUUGCUUUGUAAAUGUAUUUAUUUCUUUCCCUCUUAUAUAUAUGUUUAAGUUCUCCAUAAGUAUGUAUGUAUGUAUGUAUGUUUUUAAGGCAACGA